AGCGGGCACUCAGCCAUGGCUGUUGAUGGAAGAGCUCAGGGCAGUGUGAGCCGUGACCAUGGCAGGGUUCCUGGACAAUUUCCGCUGGCUGGAGUGCGAGUGCAUCGACUGGAGCGAGUGCUGCAACGCUGUCACCUCCAUCAUGGCCGGGGUGCUUUUCACAGGCUGGUGGAUCAUGAUCGACAUUGCUGUGGUUUAUCCCAAGCUGGAGCAGCUGAACCAUGCCUUCCACACCUGUGGGGUCUUCUCCAUGCUGGCCUUCUUCAUGACAAAUGCUGUAUCAAAUGCACAGGUGAGAGGAGACAGCUACAGUGAUGGAUGCUUAGGAAGAACAGGGGCUUGGAUCUGGCUCUUCAUCGGCUUCAUGUUGAUGUUUGGAUCACUCAUUGGUUCCAUGUGGAUCCUCUCUGGAGCAUACGUUACACAGAACACUAACGUGUACCCUGAUUUAGCAGUGUUUUUCCAGAAUGCAUUAAUAUUUUUCAGCACUCUGAUCUACAAGUUUGGGAGAACAGAAGAACUGUGGGGCUGAGCUCACUCCUGGUCUGGUCCAUAGUUGCCAUGUGGUUCUUGUAUGUAGAUAAAUUCACAGUCCUUUGUUCUUGGUUUGCUUCCCAAACUGUUGGAACUGAGACAAUUCCAGGCUCUGUCCGAAGCUCCUCUUUUCCCAGGACACACUUGUGAAUAUGUACAUAGGACUGCGUAUAUUUCAAAGA